GGUAUUGAGAGUUGAUGUUGCCCACGUAAUCCAUAUGGUUUAUCAACGGCUUGUUUUAAAAAGUUAUCCUUUUAAGGAAAGUCAUUUGAUUACAUAGGAUCAAGUCGUAUGAUCUACAAUAUGAAGCAGAACAAUUUUAACGCUCUCGGUGGGAUUAAUCUGAAGUUGGAUGAUAUCAAGAGUGUGAUCGAGUUCGGCCAACUGGGCAAAGGGAAAAUAGUUCUCCAUAGCAGCAGUAAAGAUGAUACCACAGAUCGUUUGAGUAAAGUGUUGAAUGCAUCGAUUCUAGAUGAUAGCGUACCACCUACAUCUGUGCAAAGUUUUCUGGAGGCGAGGCCCAGUCUAACGACUGUUAUAACCAAUCAUGGAAAAAAAUUUUUAAAUCGAUACUACAACAGUAUCUUGGACGACGGGGAAAAUCUUGGUUUUAAUAGUGACGGGCGAGUCAGCGCCGCAGUCUGCCGAUCUGCCGAUACCGCUGGAAGAUCUCGUCGCAGAAAUGUUAUAUUGCUACAUCCAAAGUGCUAAAUGCACUUGGUUUCAUGUAGCCUCGACAUCCGGUGCUAAAUUGAUUAAUCAGAUUUUGCCACUACGUCGGUGUGCACCGAGCACCCAAUGCCGCGACGACGUUAACUGGACAGCUUCUAGCCUUGCUGACUGGCGAGAAACUCAGUGACAUGAAUGAAACGACUUGUCACAAAAACCGCCUCGCAUGGAUGGGUGGAUACAAUUUUACAGAAAU